AUGACGUCCGGCCUCAAGAACACAGGUGCUACAUAUCAGAAGGCCAUCCAGAAAUGCCUCCAGGGGCAGAUCGGGCGCAACGCCGAGGCCUAUGUAGAUGACGUCAUCAUCAAAACCUGGUCCAAUGAUCAGUUCAUUGCCGACCUACAGGAAAUAUUUGAAAUUCUCAGGAGAUUCAAAUGGAAGCUAAACCCCACCAAGUGUGUCUUCGGCGUUCCGGCAGCUCCAGAAGAAGGGGAGACGUUACUCCUCUACAUCGCGGCAACUACACACGUGGUUAGCACUGCCCUGGUCAUCGAACGAGACGAACCAGGCCACGUCUACAAGGUACAACUACCCAUCUACUUCAUCAGCGAAGUACUCAGUGAGUCCAAGCUGCACUACCCCCAGGUGCAGAAGCUCCUUUACGCAAUCCUCAUCACGUCAAGAAAGCUGCGCCAUUACUUCCAGGUGCACAACAUCAAGGCCACAAACAACACGGCCGAGUAUGAGGCCCUCAUCCACGGCCUCAGGAUCGCGGCUUCCCUCGGCAUCAAAAGGCUACUCGCUUACGGCGACUCCAAAGUCGUCAUUCAACAAGUAAAUAAGGAUUGGGACUGCACCCAAGAGAAGAUGGACGCCUACUGCAAGGAGAUACGUAAGCUCGAAGCCCACUUCUAUGGCCUAGAGUUUCAUCACGUCCUCCGGGACUACAAUGUGGCAGCCAACGUACUCUCCAAGCUUGGCUCCAAGCGGGCACUCGUCCCGGCCGGAGGCUUCGUGCAGGCUCUCAACUCCCCCACCAUCAAGAUCGAGGAGGAACCUCCGACCAAACCUGACUUAGCGCCAGCCCUAGGCCAGGAAGUACUGGUCACCGAUCCAGAUUGGCGUGCCCCAAUACUCGACUUCAUCAUCAACAACAAGUCCUACCCGAAGGACAAGGAGCACGAGCGACUCGCCCGCCGAGCCGCAUACUAUGUUGUUAUCGGAACCAAGUUGUUCAGGCACUCGGCCUCUUCAGGAACCCUCUCCAAAUCAGGCAUCUACUGGCCGACGGCCCUGGCCGAUGCUCAGGCUAUCAUCAAACGAUGCCCAGGGUGCCAGUUCUUCUCAAAGCAACAACACAUCCCGGCUCAGGCCCUGCGGACGAUCCCUCCAUCCUGGCCAUUCGCCUGUUGGGGAGUCGACUCGGUGGGACCACUCAAGGCGGCACAAGGCGGCUACACCCAUAUAUUCGUCGCCAUAGACAAAUUCACUAAGUGGAUCGAGGUGAAGCCGGUCUCGUCGACAUCAGCAGCCAAGGCAGCCAAGUUCAUUGAGGAAAUAACGCACAGGUUCGGAGUGCCCAACCGGAUCAUCACUGAUCUGGGCUCUUCCUUCGCCGGAUCAGAAUUCUGGGACUUCUGCCAAGAUAGCUGCAUUGACGUAUACUAUGCCUCCGUGGCCCACCCUAGGUGCAACAGCCAGGUGGAGCGCGCCAACGGCUUGAUCCUUCAGGGGCUCAAAGCCAGGAUCUUCAACCUGAUCGAAAAAUACGGAUCCAAGUGGAUCCAAGAACUACCCAGAGUAGUAUGGGGGCUGUGCACGCAGAGAAGCCGGGCCACUGGCUACUCCCCCUUCUUCAUGGUCUACGGUUCUGUGGCCAUCCUCCCGACAGAUAUCGCCUUUGGUGCCCCGCACACCCAGAACUAUGACGAGGGCGAGGCUAAAACAACUCGGCACACUGAUCUCGACUUGGCCGAGGAGCACCGUCUAACGGCAGCUCUCCAGCACGCCCGUUACAAGCAGCAGUUGCGUCAUUAUCACGACAAAAAGUCCAGCAGCGCGACUUCAACGUCGGCGACCUGGUACUUCGGCGGGUCCAGUCCCCCGGAAACAAGCUAA